GGAGGAGGAAAGGAAAGGUGAAUGUGCACUUUAAGUCCGUGGGCAGCUCCAGAAUGCAGCUGCAGGGUUCCAGCCCGUGUCGGGAGGGUUUGCCAGCCGGGCAUCUUUCUGUCCCACAAAAUCCCAUUCGCAGCCCAGCUCAGGUCUGCUCGCUUCUGCCAGUGGUGCAGACCCCGGUGUCCGUCUGUCCCCGAGGGGCUCCCUGGCUCGUCCCGCCGCCCCCCAGACAAGAGGCUGGUGUCGCUGCGACUGGCCGGGUGACAACCCUGCGAGAACCCCUGUAUAACCCAGGACGGGCACUGUCCUCCGGAGCAGCCCGGGUGGUGGCCGAGGCGGGGCCGCUCCGCCCGGGGCCCGUCCCCUCACCCGCUACCGGCACCGGCCCGGGGAGGCGGAGCGGGGGCGGGGCUGCCGGCCCCAUUGGCUGCCGCCCGUGGGGCGAUGUCGGCCCAGGGCGGCGCGGCUGCGGCUCCGGUCCUUGUCCCGGUCCCCGUCCCGGUCCCAGCCCGGCGGUGAUGGAGACGGCGACGGCGGCGAACGGCGGGCCGGUGCGGCGGCGCGGCGGCCCGUGGCGUUCGGCGGCGGCCACGGCGCUGCCCGACUGGCGGCUGCGCUGCGAGGGCGGCCGGCAGCGCUGGCGCUACCUCGGCGACGGGGACGAUGGCGAGGCGGGCGGCGAGCGGCGGGCGCAGACGGCGCUGGAGCAGCACAGCCUCGGGCUGGACACGGGCGAGACGCUGCGGCCCUCGGCGGCGGCCGGCACGGCCCGGGAGGCUGCCCGCAAGGGAAUGCGGUUCUACGCCGCCUUGCAGGCUGAGGACGGGCACUGGGCAGGUGACUACGGCGGGCCGCUCUUCCUCCUGCCAGGUCUCCUCAUCACAUGCCACACUGCCAAGAUCCAGCUGCCCGAGGGGGUUCGGAAAGAGAUGGUGCGCUACCUGCGCUCUGUGCAGCUCCCGGAUGGAGGCUGGGGCUUGCAUGUGGAAGACAAAUCGACUGUGUUUGGCACAGCACUCAACUACGUAGCCCUGAGGAUCUUGGGCCUGGGACCAGACGACCCUGACGUUGUGCGGGCUCGCGUCAACCUGCACAGCAAAGGAGGUGCUGUGGGAAUCCCUUCCUGGGGGAAGUUUUGGCUGGCUGUCUUGAACGUUUACAGCUGGGAAGGAAUGAACACGCUUCUCCCAGAGAUGUGGCUGCUUCCUACAUGGUUCCCAGCCCACCCGUCCCGGCUCUGGUGUCACUGCCGCCAGGUUUACCUCCCCAUGAGCUACUGUUACGCCAUGCGUCUGUCAGCAGAAGAGGACGAGCUCAUACAGAGCUUACGGCAGGAGCUGUACGUGCAAGACUACGCCAGCAUAGACUGGCCAGCCCAGAGGAACAAUGUGGCUGCCAGUGAUGUGUACACCCCGCACAGCUGGCUGCUGGACAUUGCUUAUGGCAUCAUGAAUAUGUACGAAGCCCACCACAGCACCCACCUGCGGCAGCGAGCCAUCACAGAGCUGUAUGACCACAUCAAAGCUGAUGACAGAUUCACCAAGUGCAUCAGCAUUGGGCCGAUUUCCAAGACGAUCAACAUGCUUGUUCGCUGGUUUGUGGAUGGGAAGAACUCCCCAGCUUUUCAGGAGCAUGUUUCCAGGAUCUCUGACUACCUCUGGCUGGGCCUCGACGGCAUGAAGAUGCAGGGCACGAACGGAUCCCAGCUCUGGGAUACUGCCUUUGCCAUCCAAGCCUUCUUGGAGGCAGAAGCCCAGAAGAUGCCUGAAUUCACAUCCUGCCUCCAAAACGCCCAUGAGUUCCUCCGAUUCACCCAGAUCCCAGAGAACCCACCUGACUACCAGAAAUAUUAUCGCCACAUGAACAAGGGUGGCUUCCCCUUCAGCACCCGAGACUGUGGCUGGAUCGUGGCAGACUGCACAGCGGAGGGGCUGAAGUCAGUCAUGCUGCUGCAGGAGAAGUGCCCCUUCAUAGCCAAGCUUGUCCCCCCGGAGCGCCUCUUUGAUGCCGUGAAUGUGUUGCUGAGCAUGAGGAACUCAGAUGGAGGCUUUGCCACAUAUGAAACCAAGCGUGGAGGCCACUUACUGGAGCUGCUGAACCCCUCAGAGGUGUUUGGUGACAUCAUGAUCGACUACACCUACGUGGAGUGCACGUCGGCUGUCAUGCAGGCACUGAGACACUUCCACAAGGAGUUCCCUGAGCACAGAGCCCCAGAGAUCAGGGAGACUCUGCAGAAGGGCCUGGACUUUUGUCGUAAGAUGCAGCGAGCCGAUGGGUCCUGGGAAGGGAGCUGGGGGGUUUGCUUCACUUACGGCACCUGGUUUGGUCUGGAGGCGUUUGCCUGUAUGCAACACACAUACCACGAUGGGGCUGCGUGCCGAGAGGUGGCCCAGGCCUGCCAGUUCCUCCUCUCCAAGCAGAUGGCAGACGGCGGGUGGGGAGAGGACUUCGAGUCAUGCGAGCAGCGCACGUAUGUGCAGAGUGCCACAUCGCAGAUCCACAACACGUGUUGGGCCCUGCUGGGGCUCAUGGCUGUCAGGUACCCUGAUGUCGAAGUGCUGGAAAGAGGCGUCAAGUUGUUGAUGGAUAAGCAGCUGCCCAACGGGGACUGGCCUCAGGAGAACAUUUCUGGGGUGUUCAACAAGUCGUGUGCCAUCAGUUACACUGCAUACCGCAAUGUCUUCCCCAUCUGGACACUGGGGCGUUUCUGCCAGCUGCAUCCCAACAGCCCCCUUGCUGGGAAACUACAAUCUGGAUCCUCGGCUGGGGUGGAGGAGACCGUGCAGGAGGCCGUGUCUGCCUGAACCCCGCCACAGCAGGUGCCACAGCCUCUGACUUGUCUUGGAUGUCGGCUGCUGUGGGGUGUUUCCUGCAUAGAAUAUGUCAGUGCUGAUCUUAACACAUGGACCACUGCCUCUGCCAGGGAGGAAUGCUGCCAUGGUGCUGCAGAGUCUCUGCUUUCUGUUGAAUCUCUUCUAAAAAUCCACUUUUAAAGGUUUUUCCCAGGUAUAUCCUCCCUGAUGGGACAGGGAGUGAAGUGCCUUUGCAGACCACUUUAGUGAUUUGAGAAAGCUGCCAAGCUGUGUUGUAUUACACAUCUAGACAGACUCUCUCUUGUCCUGAGCAGAGCAAGGCUGCUUUUCUCUUCCCCUCACACUGUCCAGCUUGGCUGUCUGCAGCACAAGGGUGAGAUUUGGGGCCUCCCCUGUGCCCAGAAUCAUGACGAGGUGCACUGCACAAUCCUGCUGUGCUCGGGGUGCCAGCGACUACAUUUGAAGUGCUCUCUGCUCUGGAGCCAGUGCUGGGAGGGGAAGGGCACCUUUUCCCCCUCCACACACAUGGGAAACACGAGUGCUUCACUCAGUUUUCAUACCGUUCUGUCCCGCAGCUGGUGGCACCUGGCAUCCCAGAGCCUCACAGGGGAAAUCACCAGCAUCAUUCUCACUUAGAAAAAUGGGAAACUGAAGCAGAAAGCACUGAGGUGGUGAGUGUUAGGGCACAGCCUGCGUCGCCUUCCCCAGCGGAGCAGCUGCUUCUCUUCAGGCUAUGGCACAGCUGAGCAUCCACAUUCCAGUGUCAGAGGUGGAAGUUGCGUUGACUGGCAGGUUAAUAAAUUACUAAUGGUGUUGCAA